AUGGGCGUGCUGUUCUACAACAACCGCAAUCUUAUCAGCUCAGAUUUCGAAAAAAUGGAUGCCCUCCAUAAGGGCGUGCUGUUUUACAAUGGUCACGACCUUAUCAGGUCAGAUUCCAACAAAAUGGACGUGACCUUAUCAGGUCGCAUAUUGACAAAACGGACGUUAGAUCUUGACAAAAUGGACGCAACCCCAUAUGGGCGUGCUAUUCUACACCAAGCGCGACCCUAUGAGGUUGGGAAAUGCCACAAUGGAUGCAACCCUAUGAGGUCGGUUUAUGUACCUUAUGAGGUCGGACCCUGGGAGGUCGUAUUACCAAUUGACCUUAUGAGAAACACUCCCACCCACGCCAUUUGUGCAUCCGUUGCAGUAUCUCGUGAUAAUGGUGAGGGUCAGUGUCCUGAAUGA